AUGGCCAGCAAUAGUAUGUCUAGCACUGGUUAUAACAGUACAAAUUCUGAUUUUAAUGAAAGUGAUUAUGAUCUAGAUGAUGACGAUGACCAAGCAUUUGAAAUUAAUGUUAAUCUAGGAAUAGAGAGGGAUAUGGAUAGUGUGCACAAUAAUUUAGGUUCGGGUCUAGGCAAUGUAGUGGAUUCUGAUGUUGUUAAUGAAGAAUCAGGGUAUGAUAAUUCAGAUUCAUUGCAAAGUGUUGUUGAUUCUGAUGAUGCAUCUAACAGAUCAUUUAGAAAAUUUCUAGAGUUUAACAUUGAAACAGAUAUGGAAAACCCUAUGUUAGCAAAAGGUAUGUUGUUUCCUAGUAGAGAAUCGCUUAAGGAAGCUGUGAAGCAAUAUGGGAGAAAGAAUAGCAAGUGUUAUAGAGCUAAAACACUAGCACUAGAAGUGGUUUUCGGGAAUGCAAAGGAACAAUAUUCUAGGAUCUAUGAUUACUUGCAAGAGUUAUGGGAAACUAAUGAAGGGACUACAACAAUCUGCAGAUUAGAGGCCAGAUUAUUCUUGCGCAUGUAUGUUUGUCUGCAGGGAUGCAAGAGUGGCUUCAAAACUGGGUGCAGGCCUAUUAUUAGCUUAGAUGCAUGCUUUUUGAAGGGUUACUAUAGGGGACAUCUAAUGGCAGCUGUGGGGAUUGUUGCUAACGACUGCAUGUAUCCCAUUGCCUUUGCUGCUAUUGAGAGUGAAAACUUUGAUUCAUGGUGUUGGUUCAUCGAUUUGAUGAUACAAAAUUUGGAGAUUGUGAACUCAUACCACUGGUCCUUUAUGUCAGAUAAACAAAAGCUACUUGCUCUUGGAUUAGUUGAUGCACUGAUGGAGUUAGUGCCAAAUGUUGAACACAGGAACUGUGUUAGGCAUUUGUACACUAACUUGAAAUCCCAACCCAACACCAAAGGGAAGGCAAUUAAAGAUUGUUUGUGGAAAGUUGCCAGGGCAACAUACAUGAAAGAGUUUGAAGAUGCAAUGUCUAAAAUGAGGUCUUUAUCUAAGGCUGCACAUAAAUGGAUCCUGGGCAAAGACCCAAGACAGUGGAGUAAGGCCCAUUUCUCCACAUUGAUCAAGUGUGACAUGCUGCUUAAUAACCUUUGUGAGUGCUUCAACAAAUAUAUUUUGGAGGCAAGAGGGAAGCCCAUUCUGACAAUGAUGGAGACUAUAAGGACAAAAUUGAUGCAAAUGAUUGCAAUGAAAGAAAUAGCUGCCCAUAAAUAUACAGGAGUCUUAUGCCCAAAAAUACAAAAGAAGGUGGACAAAAUAAUUGAAGAGUCAGUUAGAUGUUGGGCUAGGCAUGCAGGUGGAGCAAAGUACCAAGUCUCAUGUGGACCUGCAGACCAACAUGUGGUGGACUUAGAGUGCAAGAAUUGUUCAUAUAGGAAAUGGGAUUUAAUUGGAAUCCCAUGUACCCGUGCAGUUGUUGUUAUGUUCUGUACAGGAGAAAUGCCUGAAUUAUAUGUCGAUCCUUGCUAUCAUAAGGAGACUCAAUUGCAAAUAUAUUUACACUUCAUUAAUCCAAUUAGAGGAGCAAAUCAGUGGUCUGUUGUACAGGGGAUGGAACCUAUAAUUCCUCCUAUGAUGAGAAGGCCACUAGGUAAACCACACAAGAGUAGAAGAAAGGGAAGCAGAUGA